CGAAAGAUAAAAACAAAUAAUUUUGUACAAUUUGAGCCUGUUUCAUUUUCAUGAGUGCUGCAGUUAUAUACAAUUUUUAUAUUUUACUAAUUAUUGCAAAAAUCAAUUAAAUAAAAUAAAAACAAAGAUAUUUUAGAGUGAAAGUAAAUUAUGAACUAAAAAAGUUUGAAGCAGUAUUUAACAAAUAAAUAAAUCAAUAUAUUUAAACGUUUGUGAAAAUGUUGGAAAAGCAAAAGCUAAAAAAGACUUAAACUAAAGCUUAAAACAAUUAGUUAAAGAAAACACAUAAUACUCUGCUAAAAAAAAAUAAAGAAAACCAUAAUGAUUUUGUUUAUUGUCUAUAAACAUUUUACAUAAAUCGAAGCAUUUUGCUUUUGCCGCAUAGAUCGAGUACAACACAUUUUGAGUUUUUUCUUUAAAAAUUUAAACAUACCACCACUUUCAAACAAUUUAUUUUUAUUUUUAUUGCUUUUUUGUUUUGCAGUGCCCAACAAACAAAUAACAAAAUUUAACAACAAAUUACUUGUUGGCAUGUGAAAUUUAACAACUUGUAAAAAUAAAUCAAACAAAAAAAUAUUACUACCAACCGCAAAAGAAUUCGCAACAAAGAUUUUUUCACUUCUUCAGUAAAUACAACAAAAAAUAUAUAUUUAUUAUUAAUUAAAAAAUUUAACAACAAAAUGUUUAUUAAAAAUCUUCAUGUCUUUGGCAUGAAUUGAAUGAAAUUGUUAAACGAAACACUUGCAAAAGUUACAUAAAUAAUAAAAAGUGUAUAAUAUAUAAAAAAUAAACAAAAAACGUAUAUAUUUUUUAAGAAUGGUUACAUGCAAAUCGGAUAAUCAAGUUGUUGCAAUACCUAAAAUGAAUUCAGUUCGUACACGCAAAACUAAUGGUAGUAAUUCAUCUGGCACCCGUCUAUUGGAAAGCGAUCAUCAGGAGUCUUCAUCUAGUGUUAGCCGAAAUUCGGUCUAUAAAUUAAAAAUCGAUUUAAUGUUUGAUGAUACCAGUCGUUCCACCCGAAACAAUCGUCUCGAUGAUCCUCAUGGCUCUCAUCGUACCCGUUCAAUUAUUAUGUACGGACGCAGUGAAUUGGCCAGUACAGCAGGAGAGAGUUCGCGUUCAAUUACUAGUUACCUCCACGAAACGAAUGAGACAGCGAAAAUACUAGCCGAUAAUACGAAGAAAGAUGUUCAACGUAUUAGCAAUAGUGUACAGGCCCAAAUUGAACAAUUAUUUACAGAUGUGGCAAAAGAUGCAACAAGUAGUUUUCCCGUCACUUGUUUGGGUUCGUUGCCACUCAAAGAUAAAGUAACCAGCUUGCAAGGUCUACAGGAACCAUUAAGGGAACUUUAUUUAAGGGAAAUUAAUGAUGAAAAACAAAAUGCUGGUACUUUGGAUAUUUGUGCAACAGGCCUGAGAGUGAAGACAAAUAGUUCACAUAAUAAUUUUAAUAAUGACAGCAGUAUAACUCCAUUUCAUAAUAUUGCAGUUUGGUCCGCAGUUAAAUUCACAGUGUCACAUGAAGAUGGAGGUGCCGCAUUUUUACCGCUAAUUACAUCACCCGAAAAUAUUGACAAGUCUACAUUAUUUCAACCUUUAAGUCCCUUGGAGCAGAAAAGAUUGGCCAACAACCAACAUGCACCCAUUUUUGCUGUCGUUAUGCGCUCAGCUGGUAUGCCCAAAGUUUUGGAAUGCCACGGUUUCAUUUGUAAGAGCACUGAAGAUGCCAUUGUCAUUGCUGCAACUCUAUAUCAGAGUCUAAUGGCUCACGUCAGCUCAAAUUCACAUCGGAGUACAAAACGUCGUACGCCGCGUAAUCAAAAUGGUGUUAGUUGCAUAAGUAUUGCUAGUAGUUCGGCUGUAACCGGUUCAAAUUAUCACUCGCGGUCACAGUUGGUAUCAGGUGGACGAAAAAGUUCAUUUCGGAGUACGUCCGGUAGUACGGUUGGUGCAUCCGUUGCUUCCCGAUCAAGUCGGAAGAAACGCGUUUCGAACAGUUCCCUUAGUUCGAGCAGCAAUGUUAUCAAUGAGGCUGUGGAAACUUCAACAGAAGAGAGAAAACGAAAAUCGCACAAGACCAAAAGAGCUCCCCCAAUACCUACCACUAUACCGGGUGAGGCGUCUAGGAAAUUACAGUCAUCUAUACGAAAUAAUUCAAUUUCUAGAGAAAGUUGUAAUUCUCCAUCACUUUCGUAUAUAGAGAAAGCGGAGAAUAAUCUUAGAAGUUCACAUCGUUCCCACUUGAGUCAUUCGAAAAAAACUUCGGGUGAUAGUGUCUACAAAGCAUCGCAACUAAUUGGAAAUGGUAUAGCUCCAGCGGUUGUGGCAGCAGCUAUUGCUUCAUCAAAUACUGGAUUACGGAGUGGUGAGAGUGGAGAUAUAUUUACACGUGUAGCAAUUCCUAGAUCCGGUAGCUUCCUUAACACAGGAGGCCUUACAAGGUACAAAUCCAGAGCAGCACGUCGUAAUUCGGGAAAAAUUGGAGGAUUAAAUGGCGGGGGUGGUGGUUCACCACUUGGUUUCAGCGAACUCUUCAAUGAAUUUCGUUUGCACGAGAAUCUGCAUUCACUGGAUGAUAUUCUUUCUGCAAUUAUUGAUGCGGAUGGCAUGUCGUUUAAUGAUCUAAAGCCGAUCUACAAGGAAUUUCUCCUUAAACUAGCAGUCACCCUAACGAAGGAUGAGUUAUUUCAAAGAUCAAAAAACAUAAUGCGUCGCCAAAAGAAGAAGAAACUUAAACGUAAAAUAUAUUCCAGUGGUUCCCAAAAAAAACCGAAAACCCCAAUUUUUGGUACAAAAAGUUUGAAGAAGGUUUUUCAGUUAGGUCAGUUUCGCUCGUGUCGUGGAAAGCCACCAAAGCCACCCCGUAAUAAAGACUUGGAAAAUCAUCGCAAAUCCGAACCUCCGCUUAUCAUUGGACCACCCACAACAAUAUCCUCCCACCCAAAUCAUCGCCAGCUACACGGACAUCAUCAUCAGCACCAACAUCAACACCAGCAUCACCACCAACACCAACAGCAUCAACGUAAUCGUGUGGCUACCAGUGGCUCAGAUGUAUCUGUGAUACGUCAUGAGAAUGCAUUUCAAGGACUAAAUCGGAACAGUAGCAGUGGAUAUGUCUCCUGUUCGGAAUGCAGUUAUGAUUCGGAAUCAUGUACUUGCACAUCAGCUGAUCGUUGCUAUUGCAGUCUUCGAACAGAUCAACUUGACAGCCAUGAAUUACGUCACAUUAAUGAACGUCGCAAUCCGAAACAUAUUAAUAGCAUCAACAAUAUGAAUCGUCAUUCGUUGAUCUCCUGCCAGUCGGACGACAAGUGCUACUGCUCGAUGGUAGAGGAAGAAGCACACAAUACAGCUGAUGAAGAAACGGCCAACGCACAUUCAGAUACAACCUGGUGUGAUACCGACAGCUGUAUAAGUGCCAGUAAAUGCUAUUGCAAGAGAAUUGAAACACGUUCCAAUACCAGACAUAUUGAUAACAACAGCAAAAAUAAAUCGCCAAAACGAAGAUCACGCUCCAUGACUCGCAAGACAUCGGACAAACUAGCAGUUGACUAUGAACUAUUCAAUAUCAAUGGUAACAACAAACCCAUACAGCCCCACGAAGCAUUGAGUGUGAAGAAAAGCGUAGAGGCAGCUGCCAUUUUUGCAGAUGUCAAAUUGAGUCAAACGACGGAUAUAAAAAGUCUAUGUUCUGGUGGUUCUACUAAACUUAAAAACAUGGAUAGUUGUCGUUCUUACUCGGUUGCUGCUCGCAAACAGACGCAGUCUUAUCGUAAGCGGGAGUCAUUUAGUAUUGGGCGCCGGAAUGAACGAAAUCAAUUGCCGCCGCAUAAUCUCUCAUCCCAUACUCUUUCAUCGCAAAAAUCCUGUAGUGCUGAUGAUCUUCUUAAACAAUUAUCAUAUAUAGAGAAGAAUAUCGCCCGAGCAGCCUCCGUACACAGUGGAAAGAGUAAAACGCGCGAUAUUAUUUUAAGAGAAAAUUUUCAAAAUAAUUAUCAAUCGAUGCGUGCUGUAAGUGCCUCUCUUGAGGACACUUUAGGAUAUUUGCCAUAAACCCAUAAAUUCAUUAAUCUCUUCCCCCAAAAUAAUGUAAAUUUUAUUAGUUCAGUGUUAAAACAACAAUGAUAUGCAUUUAAUUUUAAAAUUUUGAUUUAUUUUGUUUAUUUUUAGUACAAUAAAUUUAAUUAAAUAAAAUAAGUAUCUGCUUAUGUUUCUCAAGGGAAUUAUUACUUUAGGGUGACAUAUUUAAUUCCUUUGCGAAACGUAAUCAUAAAAUCGUUUAGUUCAUUAAAACUUAAAUAUUUUUAGAAUCUUAUUUUUUAUUUUAAAUCCAGUAUUUUAUUUAAAUAAUUAUCUAGUUUCAAUUUAAAUAACGUGCAAUAUCCAUACCAAGAUUACAUUUAACUAACACCCUUUUCAAAUUCAUCACUAAGAAAUGUUAAUGAAAAUGUUUAAUCAAAUAUUUAAGUGCAAUAUUUAAUGCAAUUUCCUUUAUUUAAUCUUAAUUUAUGGAGAUUAUUUUUAUUUUCUAAU